AGGCCGGUGAUUCGGGCCUACGGGAAGGAAACCGACGCAUUUUUUACAGGGGGAGGGGUGUGGGGGGGGGAGCGAUGGCUUUACCGACCGUCCCUUUCCGGAAAGACCAGCACCGGACCCUGGAGCGGCUGAUUGUCCGUCAGCGGAACCAGGAGGAGCGGAUCCGGCGGCAGUGGGACCUGCACCACCAGUACUUCAAGAAGCACGACGCCCGCAGCAACAAACAGGCGCAGUGGAGCUCCGCCCAGUCCUACCAGCGCAGCAUGGCAGCUUAUCACCGGGAGCGAUUGCAGGAGGAGAAGGUGCAGAGCCUGAAGCAACGACGUGAGAAGUUGCAGAUGCUUUUGCAAGAGGAACAAAAUCUGCUGGAAGCUGAGCUCCGCGAUCUAAAAGGGGAUACGAGUUCCCGUGCCCAAGAAGCAAAGGAAAGGAGCGAGGAGCUCAAGUCAGCCAGAGAGGAGCGCAGGAAAAAAGUUGCAGAAGAGCUAUUAUAUGAACACUGGAAGAAGAACAAUCUAGAGUUGCGUCAGAUCGAGGCAGACUUGCACAAGGAGCACGUGACGGGCAGGUGGGGCUCACAGAUCACAGAAAAGAAGCAGCAAGAGGAAGCGGAGUUAGAAGAGAAAAGGAGAUUUGAGAACGAGUAUGAAACUGCACGGAGGCAGGCCAUAGAGAGGAUAAGGCAGGAAGAGGAGAGACGAAGACUGGAAGACAAGAAACAAGCAGAAGCUCUGCGGCAGCAAAUGGAGGAACUGCGCUUACAGGAGACCGAGGCCAAGAAACUCCAGGGAGAGCAAAACAAAUUGCUGAAACAGAGGUGGGAGCUGGAGGAGCUGGAAGAACAAAGACGACAGUUAGAGCAGCAGAGAAAGAAAUCUGAGCUGGGCCGGAUAUUGAACAGUCAGUACAAGACACAGAUGAGGAGGCGAGCGCAGCAGAUUCAGGAGGAGCUGGAGAUGGAUCGUCAGAUCCUCGCAGCUCUGAUUGAGAAGGAGGAGGCAGACCAGCAGCUGCAGUCAGCCAGGCGUCAGCAAGCUGUGGCUGACGCUGCCUGGAUGAAGCAGGUCAUUGAGGAGCAGCUACACCUGGAGAGAGAGCGUGAGGCAGAGCUAGAUACCAUCUUCAGGGAAGAGGCUCAAAGGAUGUGGCAGAAAAGAGAAGAGGAGUGGGAGAGAGAAAGGCGAGCCAGAGCACGGCUAAUGCAGGAGGUGCUUGCUGGCCGGCAGGAGCAAAUCCAGGACCGGAUUGAGACAAACCGGCGCGCUCAGGAGGAAUCUGUACAGCGACGAGAGACGCUGAUCCAACAACUGGAGGAGGUCAAACAAAUGACCCAGAGGGAGAAGCAGAAAGAGGAGGAGAUGAAACUCACUCGCAAGCAAGAGCUGACAGCUCAGAUUAAGGAGCAACAUAGGCAGGAACAGGAAGCAAUGUGCCGGCAGAGGGAGGCCAUGGAGGAGGAGAAGCGUGCUGAGCAGCAGCAACGAGACAUGGUACAGUACGAGGCUGAGAUCAUGAGGCAGCGUGGAUAUGAAUCAAAGGCUUCCCAUCGACCAAAGAUAGCUUGGACGUAGUAUAGGAGCUAAGAAAUCCACAACAGCUUUGGGAUGCAAGUAUGUCUUACAAUGGAUCACGUUUCAGGGCUUCAUGUGAACUCAGCAAAAGCAGAUGGAGCCCAGUUACCUGACUUAUAUGUGUGGUACAAUCUGGUAUUUAAAUUUCACAUUUAGAUUUUGAGAACAUCUGGAAAGCUGAGGAGUUCCUGGUGCCAUUCUGGAGAGCUGGUGGUGGUGUAAGUGUAGAAGGGGGUUUGGGUAAAUUUCUGAUAAGAUGUGAAAUGUUCACGUGAUCAUAGGGAUUAACUGCUGGUGCUGUUAUUGCACCUGUUGAAAGGUACACUCAAAACUAGUAAUUCGCUCUGACAGGAAAUGCCUGGAAGAUACACCUGGAUAUGCCUGGAAGAUGGUGGAUAUUUUCACUGGCGUUUCUCCUGCUGUUGGGUUGGCCUCCAGCAGCCAUCAGUAAUGUUGUUCGUCAGGACACCUAAUGUUCUAAUCCCCAAUGGGGACGGGGGGUAUUUUCAUCUUUGCCAGAUAGCCAAGGGUGAGGGAUGGGGAAAUAAAUCAGGAAAGGGAAAAAUCCUUUGCUGUAUUAGUCAAGCAGAACUCCUGAUACAUUGAUCAGAGCCUGACUGAACCAUUUGUUAGAAUUAUCUGUAGAUUGGAUAGUCCUUUUCUCCUGACCAGGGAGAAUGCUAUGUAUUGCAGUUAUGUGAAAGGGAGGGCAGUUUUCUUUUACAGCAUUUAACUCAUUUAUUGAGUAUAAAAUCUUUAACUUUUAAUUAUUUAACCUUUUUUAUGUAUUUGCACUAUUUAAAAUGUAAGUCCUGUCUAAUGUCUCUUUUGUGGCAUCAGCUUAAUUGUGAUUUAUAGGGUCUAAUAAGUCUGGUUGAUAUUUGCAGGGUGGUUUCAUUGUUUUAUAUUCAAUUCUUGUAAUUGUUGCUGAUGAAUGUGGAGUUAACCCUAAGUGAUAUCUGCUCAGAUGUAGUUAGCAUUUUGCUGUGUGCCUCUAUCUUCAGUGAUUCCAUCAAACUGUUUCUCUUUCCUGUCACCUUCAGCCUAUCCUGAUUGAUUUUAGUUACUUGUUGUGAUCAAACUCCUCCUGUGACAACGAUCUACCGAUUGUAUAGCUAACUCUUCCCACAUUUUGUGACACAGUCUGGAUUCUGUUGCUUGUGUCAUAAAGGAACAACAAUCGCUGGUCUGCUUUUCCAUUUGGUAAAUAUGUAAAUCCAUUUAGAUUUUUUAAAAAACCUAGAGAUGGCUGGUUUUGCUUAGAUAUUGAUUAUCACCUGUGGAGAUUAACACUUAGAUUUAUUCCAAUUAUAUUUUCUCAUCGAAAUGUGCUUAUUUUGUUAACCUAAAAAUUUAAAACCCAUUCUUUUAAUUGGAGUCCUGUAGCUCAGUGGUUAGAGCACUCACUUUGCAAGCGAAAGACCUGGGUUAAAUUCCCGGCAGGUCAGGGCGAAACCUUGGGCAAGUUUCCUUACUCCACACACCUAAUAAUAAUCCCUCAUAAAAACAACAAUAAAUUUGUCACUUCAAUCCACGACUGUUUGUGGGACGCUGCUGAGUGCAAUUGGCUGCCGCAUUUUGCCCACAAAUAUACAAUCAAUUCACUUUACAGCAUAUUCUGUGAAGCGCUUUGAGACGUCUCGAAGACAUGAAAAGCGCUAUAUCAAAUGCAAGGAUUAUUAUUAUUAGAACUUAAAUGCUAGCUGAAAAAAGACCAAAGUCUAUCUAGUUCGUCUUCCACCUUCCUGGUGGUCGCACUUGAUUAAUAUUUGCCAAUAUAAAUGUAUAAAAGCCAAAGAUUGUCACUGUGGAUACGCUGUGUAGUCUAUGUUGAAUUAGCUGUUGCUGUUAAAUUUUUUUGUGUCUAAUUUCAAACCUAUACAUAGUCUAUUGCUGAUCCCUUACCAAUCUCAACAGGGUCCUUUGCCUAAUUUCUAAGCAGUCAUUUGAUUGUGUAAUUAUUUAACAAUGUUUGGGACAGCUUCACAUCAGUUCUUUAAGCUUUUAGCAUUUAAAGCACCACCAAUCCAAUUCUGUUAAUUGCCAAUGGAUACUAAGUCUAUCUUCUCACUAAUUAUAUUGAUAGUUCUAAUGUAAUGUUUCUUUUGUAUAUCAUUUAUCUUUGUUACCUUCUGGAGUUUUGACUUUUUAAUUAACUGUGAAAUAAAUAAAUCCUUUUGCUAAUUGUUUAUGUAAAUGCCAUUUAAAUUAAACCACAUUAGCAGAUAAUAAAAGUAUUGCUGAUCUGAUAGUUUUAUUAAAGGUGCAGCAGGUUGUUGCGGGGGGGUGUACUGCAUUGUUGGUGGUGGUGUCCUUU